AUGAUAUGCGAAACACAGCCGUAUAUUGCUACGUGGUGUCCUGUGUGCGACAAACGAUUAAGCGAUAAAGAAAGAGACACGUACGGACUCCUCAAGCAUAUUCGUAAAUCUCAUCCCAAACAAUGUAAACAAUAUUUGUGUCAGGAAGAAGAGCCAAGGAAAACAUCCAAACAAAUAGUUUCAAUGUAUUCGCAGAAAAAAGAAUGCAGUUCAAGGAAAAACGAACCAAGAAAAGUCUAUGCCACGCGUGUGGACACAUGGAAGUCACACAACGAGAAAAAGGUUUGUCCUCGAUGUCGAAGAGAAGCAGUGCCAACACUUCAUGCUCGAGGAGACAAAUUAACGACAUCACAUAUUGGAGCGCUGUGCCUUUUAGGAUGCUGGCCACUCUGCUUCGUACCAUUGAUGAUGAAGCGUGCUAAGAAGUUCCGUAUGAUCUGUCCUCUGUGUGGAUACAUGUACGGCAGCUUUCAAUACAAAAAUACCGGAUUAGCGCCAUGUAAAGCAGACUCCGAAGACUCCCAAACACGACUCUCAUCUCCACCAAGUUUUCGCUUAUACGUAAGAAGACAAGACUGUAAAAAUUGA